AUGCAUGGAAAUGGUGUUCCUAACAUGGCGGCUUGGGGAAAAGUACCUUUGAGAGGCCAUAUCGGAAACGCUCCACGCUCAAAUAGACCGAUGCGGGCAAAGAGCCCCAGUUUCACGAAGCACAAGAAACCACGCCGGCGCACCUUGCCUCUUGGCCUGGUCAUCAACAACCACAGAAAGCCAUAUAUCAUCCCAACACCGACUGCAAUCAGUCUACCGACUGGCGCACACCUCAGGACCCGGGGCUCGCCUGAUAUCUGUUCUCUAUACGUCGCACCACAUACUGUUGUUGCGUCCUUGAUCCCAAGACGCACUUCUCAACGAUUCCAAAGGGUGGAUGGAUGUUCGGCUGAUCUCCACCUCCUAUUUUCAGCCUCUGAGUUUUUCAGCCCCCAACUGUGGGGUUUCGCUAAAGCAGAGAAAGAUCCUUUUUUCAAACUCGAAAUUAUUGAAAGUUCGUUGUCUGAACUCAAGCUCGGGCCUCAAUCGACGAACCACAAUCCUGGAGCUUCAUGUGCUUUUGGAUGUGGCCGUGUCACAUGA